GAGUGAUCUCGCGCGGAUUAUGGGUAGAGUGCGAGCGAGUGGAGCUAAGGGUUUAAGGCGUCGACAGACGGUCGAGCACCGGUUGCUCGUCGUGGAGGCACAUGAGAAGCAAAGACAACGCAGUGCAGACCUCGCAGCCCGUUACGCGGAAGAAGCGGUCCGAAAGGCGAAAGAAGAGGCUUUGGAAAAGGAGUUGGCAACGUGGGACGAUGAAGAUGAUGAUACUGACGAGGAGGAGGACAAUGAAGAUCUGACAAGGGAAGUAGAAAGUCUCGUUCUCGACUCUGGAAGUAAAUGUGCUGAACAAGAUGGUACAACUGGUAGCGCCUCCAGUGGAGGAGGUACUCGUACUUCUGGCACUUCUGUCGUUGAUGACUAUGUUGAUCAUGUUGGUGUGGGUGGACGAGAUAGUUGUAGCGGAGGUAGUAGUAGCAGGAUCGAGCAAGAGCAAAGCAGCGCAAGAG